AAACAUCAUCCUCUCCAUAAUUGCACGAUAUUUCACCCAAACAUACAGUGCAACGUCAGCGACAUGGCACUAAAACGCAAAAGAUCGUCGCCAGCCUUCUCCUCGCCAGCAUCAGACGCGAGCGACGCGAGCGACGCGACACCACAAUCAUGUCCUCCUCUAUCCUUCUUCUAUCACGCCUCCAAGCCAGUAGACGUGCUACUCCACAAGCCAACAUGGUCCUGGCCAACAUAUGACGACUCGCCCGCGCAUCUCAACAGCCGUACGCGCAAAAGACAUCGCGACAAUAGACCCGAGGAGGCACAGGUUCGAGAAAACACCAUCAAUCGAUUGUUUGCAGCACAAAGGCAACAUCCUCAUGCCGAGCCUGUGCUAUCUCAAGCCGUGACGCCAGUCCCUUCGACUCAUCCGCAAAGAAGCACUUUACACUCUUUUUGGAAGCUACCUAAGGCGACUGUUCCCAUGUUGAUGGACGAGGGCAACGUCCAGACUGAACCAAGCCAUGCGCGAUGCGAGGAUUGCGAUAGGAGGAUACAAGUUGAGGAUGCUAUGGACCUGGAUGAUAGUAUCGUGGGACAAGAAUCGCGAUGUCAGACAUGUCUACGGCAAGUUUGCGAUAUGUGUGCGGUACUGGGGGUUCGAAGAGUGUGUCUACAGUGUGCCAGUGCCCAUUAGAAUCACAAAUUUAUGGGAUGAUAUGAUUACUUGCCAC